AUGAUUUCAAGCUUCACAACUAAAUCCUUAAAGGAAGAAGUUGGCUCUGGCUCUGGAUGGAGUUGGAUUAGUGAACCCGUUGGCAUUUCAAAGGAUGAUUCAUUCUCCAAAUUUGGAUUACUGGAGCAAAUAAAUACAACCACUGAUAAAAGUGAUUAUUUGUGGUACUCGUUAAGUAUUGGUAUUGAAGAUGAUGCUGGUUCUCAAACUGUCCUUCACAUUGAGUCCCUUGGUCAUGACUCUACAUGCUUUUAUUUCACUACAUCUAACAAAGCUAAGGUUGCAGUAGACAUCCCCAUCAAACUAGUGACUGGGAAGAACAUAAUUGAUCUCCUGAGCUUAACAAUGGGACUUCAGAACUAUGAAGCUUUUUUUGACACAUGGGGUGUUGGGAUCACUGGUCCAAUGAUAUUGAAAGGUUUGAAGAAUGGAAGCACAAUUGAUCUCUCCUUCCAACAGUGGACAUAUCAAACAUUGAAAAGUGUGGAUCCUAAAAGAGUAGGUUAUACUAUAUUUCCUUCUAAAAGCUAUGAUAAGAGGAAGCUAGAAAAUUGGAGCAACUUUUCAAUGCACAGAUACAUGUUUGAGAGAAACGAGAAUCUUUAUGCGGCUUUCCAAUAUUUUGAUAAAGGCGGAAACAUGUAUAUCACAAGAGAUGAACUGGAAACAACCAUGAAGGAGAAUGGUAUGGGUGACAAGGCCACAAUCAGGGAAAUUAUAUCUAAAGUUGACACUGAUAAGUAA